AUGAGUGACCGGGCAAUUAAAAACUUGAAUUUGCGAAUUGGGCUCAUUGAUUUGCAGGUUCGUGCUGUUUCAGAACCUGCACCUUACCAUAUCGGGAGUUGCAUGCUAAACUGUAUUCCUUGUCAACCUGCUACAAACAGCAUAACAGCAAACCUGACUCUGGAUCCAAGCACAGCUCACCCCUGGCUCUACGUAUCUCAAGAUUUGAAAAGUGUGAGAUGGAAAGAAAUGAAACAGCAAGUGAACGCCAGUCCACUGAGAUAUGAACUUUUGGCCAGCGUUCUAAGCCAAGAGAGCUUUAAUUCUGGGAAGCUUUGCUGGGAGGUUGAGGUGGUGGAGGAAGGGGAAUGGUGGGGGGUGGGAAUUGUUAGGGAAUCUGCAAACAGAAAUGGGCAGAUUCUCUUCGAUCCUCGAGGGGGUUACUGGGGAGUGCAGCGAAUUAGCGGGAAGCACCAAGCCAUCACUCAUCCCAGGACAAAUUUGACACUGAGUCAUUCGCCGAGAAGGAUCCGAGUUUCUCUGGACUAUUCACAAGGCCUCAUCGCAUUCUUUGAUGGUGACACGAAUGCUGAACUCUUCACUUUUCCUAAAGCAAAUUUUGCUGGAGAGAAGGUUCACGCUUGGUUCUUGAUCUAUAAGUGGAAUGGACAGCUUCUCCUCCAUCCAUGAGAUGGUGAAGCAAAGGGGUCGUCAUACUGAAGAAAUGCAGACUAUCUGCCUUCAGGUCUCCUUCAUUCCUUGUGUUUUUCCAUGCCACCACUGUCAUGGGUGUAUUUGAUUUCCUUUGACCUUCCUUUCCCCUGAAUAGCUGAAUUAUCUUCUAAAUAGAGUAGAGUAGAGUAGA